AUUCAUGUUAUAAUAAAUAAAUACUAUAAAUUAAACACUUUGGGACAGUUUGAGGGAUUUUAUUUAUAUAAACGAGCUACACCUCCCAUGAUGCAUCUGUUCUGAGAAGAAAGAAAGAAAGAAAGAAAGAAAGAAAGAAAGACAGAACAUUGGGCCGGAGUGGACUCCUCGGCGGCCGGUUCUGGCCCGCGGGCCUCGAGUUUGAACCCCCUGUACCAAUCAAUGCCCGCUGGAGUUUCAGCCAAUGGCGGCGCGGACCAGCCGCUGACGUCAGGCCGCGUGACGUCACGGUUCGGGUUGUUUUUCAGAGGGAGAGACGGCGUCUGGCGGCGCCAUUUUGGAAGCGGACAUUUGAUUUAUAAAACGCAGAAAACUGAGACGCCGCCGCGAUGUUGUACCUGGAGGAUUAUCUGGAGAUGAUCGAGCAGCUUCCCAUGGACCUGCGGGACAGGUUCACGGAGAUGCGGGAGAUGGACCUGCAGGUGCAGAACGCCACCGACCAGCUGGAGCAGAAAGUCAUCGAGUUCUUCGUCAACGCCAAGAAGAACAAACCUGAGUGGAGAGAAGAGCAGAUGGAAGUUAUUAAAAAGGAUUAUUACAAAGCUUUGGAAGAUGCAGAUGAGAAAGUGCAGCUGGCCAAUCAGAUUUAUGAUCUGGUGGACCGUCACCUGAGGAAACUGGACCAGGAACUGGCCAAGUUCAAGAUGGAGCUGGAGGCCGACAACGCCGGCAUCACGGAGAUCCUGGAGAGACGGUCGUUAGAGAUGGACAGCCCGUCUCAGCCAAUCAACAACCACCACGUCCACUCCCACACCACAGCUGAGAAGAGGAAGUACAGCGCUCCGACUCAUCACACCACUGAACACGUUCCAGAGAAAAAGUUCAAGUCUGAAGCUUUGCUGUCUACACUCACAUCAGACGCUUCUAAGGAGAACACGCCAGGUUGCCGUGCCAACAGCACGUCGUCCUCCAACAACAGCGUUUACAGUGUGAACUCGUCUCAGCCGCUGGCGUCCUACAACCUGAGCUCCCUGCCGGCGGGGCCCGGGGCCGGAGCCGGGGCCAUCACCAUGGCAGCCGCUCAGGCCGUUCAGGCCACCGCUCAGAUGAAGGAGGGCCGCAGGACGUCCAGCCUGAAGGCCAGCUACGAGGCCAUCAAGAACAACGACUUCCAGCUCAGAGGAGAGUUCUCUCUGUCCCGGGAUAACAGCGGCUACUCCUCCUCCGCCCUGGCCUCCACCCUCACCCAGACCCUCGCCCCCACCACCGCCUCCGACUCCCGGGGACGCAAGUCCAAAAGCAGCAUCAAGUCUUCCAACCACCAAUCAUCUUCCUCGUCUUCGUCCUCCUCGCUGUCGUCCUGCUCCUCAUCCUCAGCGCUGGCUCAGGAGCUUUCCCAGCAUGCAUCAGCGCUGCCCGAGGCCGAGGCCAACAGCCAGGUGGACUGGACCUACGACCCCAACGAGCCCCGAUACUGCAUCUGUAACCAGGUUUCUUACGGCGAGAUGGUCGGCUGUGACAACACAGACUGUCCGAUCGAGUGGUUCCACUACGGCUGCGUGGGUCUGACGGAGGCUCCGAAGGGGAAGUGGUACUGUCCUCAGUGUACGGCGGCCAUGAAGAGGAGAGGCAGCCGCCACAAAUGAACUGUUGAGUCUGUCUGCAGCACGACGGAUCAAACGCUCUGUGCCAACACAAACCAUCUUUGGAUUAAAGCCACACCAUGAAGAAACAUCUCUGAAGAUAAAAACUCUGUAUUCUGAAAUUCAUCCCGACGUUUCUCAAAGCUCCGAAAAAACGUUUUAAAACCCAAAAACAUCAAGAUCUCUGUUUUCUGUUCUAACGAACCGUGUUAAACUCUGACUUUAACAAUCCUGACUUUAACAAUCCUGACUUUAAUAAUCCUGACUUUAACAAUCCUGACUUUAAUAAUCUGACUUUAAUAAUCCUGACUUUAACAAUCCUGACUUUAA